AUGUCUUUUGCAGCUCCUACUCAUGCAGAACCUAAAAUCACACGACCUACUGUGAAUUUUCUUCCUAGUAUUUGGGGAGAUGUUUUUCUUCAAUAUGAUUCUGAAUCACUGGAAAUCAAUGACAAUAUGAAUAUUCAAGUACAAAUGCAAAAAGAGGAAGUGAAGAAGCUUUUUCAAUCUUCAACCAAUAAUAAUAUCUCACAAAAACUAAUCAUCAUUGACUCAUUGCAACGUUUGGGAAUAUCUUAUCAUUUCGAACGUGAAAUUGAUGAAGCAUUAGAACAAAUCCACUUUAAUUUAACUAUCAAUAAUGAAAUAAGCACAAAAGAAGAACAUGACCUUCACUUUCUAGGGUUAGCAUUUCGCUUGCUUCGGCAAAAAGGACAUCACAUUUCAUCAGAUAUAUUUAAAAAUUUCAAAAACAAUAAAGGGAGCUUCAAUGAAAAGGUUGAUAUACAUGUUGAAGGAAUGUGGAGCUUGUAUGAAGCCGCGCAAUUAAAGAUUCGCGGAGAAGAUAUAUUAGAUGAAGCACUUGAUUUCACACAACCUCAUCUGGUUUCCAAAACUACUACCAAUCAAUUGAGUAGUUUUCUUCAUGCACAAGUAACUCAAUGUUUAAGGAGACCUCUGCAUAAGGGAAUUCCUAGGUUGGAGACAAGGUGUUACAUAUCUUCCUACGAACAAGAUCCUUCCCAUAGUAAAGUUCUUCUAAACUUUGCAAAAUUAGAUUUCAACAUGCUACAGAAAAUGCAUCAAAAAGAACUUGCCAGUAUCACAAAGUGGUGGAAAAAAUCGGACUUCACUAAGAAUGUCCCUUAUGCAAGGGAUAGAGUGGUUGAGGCUUACUUUUGGCCAUUGGCUAUGUCCUAUGAGCCUAAAUAUGCCACUUCAAGAAAGAUAGGAGGAAAAUUGAUCUCAUGUAUUUCUCUUUUAGAUGAUACUUAUGAUGCAUUCGGCACGGUUGAAGAACUCGAAAUCUUCACAGAGGCAAUCCAAAGGUGGGAUUUUAGUCUCAUUCAAUCCCUUCCAGAGUGCAUGAAAGUAGUAUUUAAAACAGUUGUAGGACUAUGGGACGAAAUAGAGAUGACAUUGGUAGAGAAUGGAAAACCGAAUUUCGUGCUGCCAUAUAUCAAACAUGCUUUUUAUAAUCUGGCACAAUCCUAUUUGGUUGAAACAAAAUGGGGCAACGAAGGAUUCAUACCAACCUACGACGAAUACAAAGCUAACGGACUCAUAUCUUCUACAAUCCCUCUUUCACUAAUAUCAUUCAUUGGUCUUGGAGAAUUCUCAAACAAAGAGUUACUAGAUUGGCUUUCCAGUGAUCCAACAAUCAUCAAUGCUGUUGCAGCCAUUGGCAGACUCGCGGACGAUGUAUCAUCACAUAAGUUCGAGCAGCAAAGAGUGCAUGUUGCUUCAGCUGUUGAAUGCUGCAUGAAGCAAUAUGAAGUGUCACAAGAAGAGGCCUAUAAAAUCAUUAACAAGGACAUUGAAGGUUUUUGGAUGGAUUUAAAUGAAGAGUGCCUCAAGUUAGAGAGUGUUCCGAGAUCGGUGCUUGAUUGUAUUCUUAAUGUGGCAAGAGUAACUGAGUUCACAUAUGAAAACUAUGAGGAUAAAUACACAAAUGGGGAACUGUUGAAAGAUUAUGUUAUUCAGCUGCUUAUAGAUCCAAUAACCAUGGAGCAAACCAAGUAG